GGUCAACCAGCAAAUGAAGAAGUGGAGGAAAGGGAAAUAACACAGACUGACCAUUUAAAUAAGAGCUUACUGGGCGAAUUUCUCGACCGGAUAAACGGACCAGGCCCGUCGCCAGAACUUCCUCAGGUUGAACCGGUGGAUGACGAAGGUUGGGAGGAAGAGAGCGAAGAGACGGAGAAAGAUAAGUGAAGCAUGACCGGAAGGGCACCUGUUAUCGUUGGGAUAUCUGGGGUAACAAAUAGUGGGAAGACGUCCCUGACCAACAGACUCCGAGCUCAUCUGCCGGGAUGUCGUACGAUGUGUCAAGACUCAUAUUUCCUAAGCCCCUCGGAUUCUCGCCUGACCCCAAUACCAGAACUAAACAAUUACAACUUUGAGGAACUGAAUGCCCUUAACAUGGAAGCAAUGGUAGCAGAUGUCCAGUCCUGGAAAAAUGCUCAAAGUAACUCCACUCCAACGGUAUCCACCCCUAAUGAUCUGUAUAGCAAUGUACUAAUUAUCGAGGGAUUCAGGAUGUAUGCCUUGAGGGAAUUGGAGCAGCUCUUCAUGAAGAAAUACUUUUUUACCAUUCCAUAUGAAGUGUGUAGAGUCAGAAGGAGAAGACGACAGUAUUUCCCCCCAGAUGCGCCAGGAUAUUUUGAGAAAAUAGUUUGGCCCGAGUUUAUUCUUCACCAAAGAGAAAUACAGGAACAAGAUGAUAUAGGUAAAAUUCGUACUCAAAACCAUAGACUAUAA